CCGCAUAGUUCACAACGUUUCUCGUCCUUAACGUUGAAUCGCACGCGUACCUAAGACAAACCACGAGUUAUGCAGUUAAAAUGUUUAAGCGCUCUAUACUGAUAUUAGCUCUACCAUAAACUAUUAGUUGUUUGUACACUGUACAUUUGGUAACUACUCUAUAAUAUUGGUUUAGAAUAGAUCUGCGAGAUAAAUUUCUUCAGCAUUUGAGCCAAUUUGAGUUUUAAUUUGGACAGAAGCAUCGGAUUUCGGAUCGUUUCGAAGAAUUUAAAGUGAAAUUUUAUACUUGCAGUACGGAUUUCAUCUGAGUUUGACACCGGAAAAGCGAGGUUCCCUCCAUUUUCCACGCCAUCCGAGAUGGCUCCAGCAGAAAUGGCGGGAAGGGAUGAACAAUGAUCGGAGUUCUCAAAUGCUGUGUGAAAUCCGGGGCAUCAGCAGUAUCAAAACUUGCCUUUCCAUGCAACUAAAUGGGACUUUCAACUUCAGCCUGGACGAGGCGAUCGGUAUCCUCAUCGAGCAUCAGAGACGCAACAGAAAUGUUGGACAGGUGACAGAGUAUGUCCUGAUAGUCGUCUACUCCUUCCUCAUCCUCCUCGGGCUCUUCGCCAACCUUGUGGUCAGUUUCGUGGUCGCCAGAAGACCUCAGAUGCACACCGCCAGGAACCUGUUCAUCGUCAACCUCACCUUAUCCGACAUGACCCUCUGUGUCAUCUGUAUGCCCUUCACACUGCUCAAGAUAAUCCGACGUCAGUGGGACAUGGGGGAGCUGCUGUGUAAACUCGUCCCUGUACUGCAAGGUACCAACAUCCUAGUGUCUGUUGGGACUAUCACAGUGAUCGCUUUAGACCGCUACUUCACCAUUGUUCACACACACAACGGCACAGAUAGAGCCAGAGUCGUGUGUUCCAUUGUCUGUGUGUGGCUACUUUCACUAGGCGCUACUCUGCCGAUAUUCUUCUAUCAAGUGGUCGAGCCAUUCAAAUUCCAGGAGGUGGUGUUGUACGAGAUGUGCAUAGAGAGUUGGCCCUCGCAAGAACUGAAGUUGCUGUACUCUGUCUGUAUUCUGCUGAUACAAGCCGUCAUCCCCGCCCUGGUGGUGGUCGUGGUCCACGCCAGGAUAUCCUCACAUCUGCACGCGCACGCCAAGACUCAGCGGGACUCGCGGAGAGCGCAGCGCGAGCUGGCGAGGAACAAGAGGACUACUGUGCUGCUCUCGGUGGUAGCCGUGCUGUUCGCUGUCAGCUGGACUCCCCUGGGUGUCUUCUCUCUAGCCUCCGAGGUCAUAUCACCUCCCGACUCCUCGCAGUCUCUCUACGUCACACUGGCCGUAUGUCACGUGAUCGCCAUGUCCUCCGCGGUCUCCAACCCCGUCAUGUACGGCUGGAUGAACUCCAACAUCAGACAAGAGUUGAUGCAACUGCUGCCGUGGAAGUGUGGUAGGAGUAGUAACGCUGGGAGGAGUGUGGCGGAGGAAGGGACCACAAGAACUGUAUUACCCCCCACCACCAACAACCGGAGGGAAAGUGUAAGUCUACUGGUGCACAACGGAGACAGACACCCUCCUAGAUCUAACACGGUGCUGACUGAAUUGUAAUGUCUGUGAUAAUAGGUGAAAGGUGUAAAUAUAUUUUAAAUGUUUUGACAUGUAAAUAUAUAAUCUUAAUAAUUUGUGAAUAAAUUAUCUCUUUUAAGAAAUACAUCUUUUAUUGCAGUGCAACGUAAUGGACUCUAAUAAUAAAAUAAGGAACAGUAUUUCAAGCUUGAUUUAAAACUACGACAAAAGAAAUUAAAAUAUUCUCUUUUUUGAACUGUAAAUGUUGUGAUAUAUGAUAACUACUGAAACUGUUAAAAGCUACUUAUCGAGAUAAAAUAGGAUAUUUUUACUUAAAAUGUUGUGAUU